AAUUCAGAUUCCUUUGAUAAGAUAAGCAUUUGGUCAUUGUGGCGCCUUUUUGCCGUAAUUCUAUUUGGGGCAUGUCACAUUCAGAUAUGGCCAACUUGGCAAAUUUUCGGAAUUUUGCCAAAAAGAUUGUAUGCGUGGGAAGAAAUUACAAGGACCAUGCACUGGAACUCGGAAAUCCCAUUCCGACCAAACCACUUCUUUUUCUGAAGUCUCCAAACGCAUUCGUUCAAGAAGGAAAUCCCAUUGUUACACCUGUUGGUUCACAACAACUUCAUCAAGAAGUGGAACUGGGUGUGGUUAUUGGUAAAACUGCUAAGGCUGUAACGAGGAGCGAGGCAAUGUCAUAUGUUGGCGGAUACGCAGUUGCACUUGAUAUGACUGCGAGAGAUUUUCAGGAUGAGGCGAAGAAAGGGGGAGCGCCUUGGUUUCUGUCCAAAUCAUUCGACACUGCAUGUCCUAUAUCGAAAUUCAUACCCAAGGAAGAAAUCGAGGAUCCCCACUCCGAAGAGUUAUUCUGCCGCAUCAACGGAGUUGAAAAGCAACGAUGUAAAACAAAUGUAAUGAUUUUUGACAUUCCAACCUUGAUAGAGUACAUCACUCGAUAUGUGACGUUGGAAGAAGGCGAUCUUCUACUCACAGGUACACCUGCUGGAGUUUCUAGAGUGAUCCCAGGUGAUUGUAUAGAAUUUGGUCUUACAAAUCGUGUUACUUGUAAUUUCGUUGUCCAGUAGUUGUGAUAAUCCAAUAUUUGUUAUUUUGUCACCUUUCUAUUGACUUAUUACCUCGUAAUAAUUGUUUGAGAUUGAGAGUUUUAUGCUGUCUGUGUAUAAAAGACGUUCCAUCUUCUACGCCAGACAAGUGG